AUGAUCUCAGAUGUUUCAACCCGAUCAUGUCCGUCUCGUCGUCGCUCUAUUCAUGUCAUCAGAACUGACAUUGCAGUCCCUGAGCAGCACAUCAGGUAUCCUCCAGCCUUCGUCGCCUACCUGGCGAGACUGCUGCUCGCACGCGACGAACGCUGUGCUGCCUGGUGGGCCGGGGCAAAGUCAGCCGGCACGGAAACGCCGCAGGAGCUCUUCGCACGGUUUGAGGCCUCUGUUGCAAAGACGCUCGCUGAGCGCUGGCGUGGAAAAGCCGGGGCGCUGGCAGCAGCUCUCAUCAAGCGUUUUGGGGGGAGAUUUCCCUUCGAUGCAGAGCAGCAAAUCAGGCUGUGCUUCGGCCUCCUCUCGGAGGAUGUUCUCCGGGGGUCUUUCUUCGAUCAAAAUUUUAGCACUGACCGUGACGAGGUGAUGGAGGUUUUCCUCGCCAUGGACCGCGAUGGCAACGGCAUGCUGACAAGGGAUGAGAUACAAGACACGUUUCAGUCUAUAGGUGAUGGGUGGCUGUCAAAGCCCGAAGUGGAGCAGAUGUUGAAAGAAGCCCUUGCGAACAGCAAUGGUGAGGUUGACGUUGCUGGCUUCAAGGCAGCGGUGGCAGCAUCGCUGACGGCCCCCCGGGCACGAGCUGCACAGGGACUUCCAGACGCCGAGUGGUGGCGGGACCCCGCGGCACUGUUGCCGGCGCCAAUGCUGACAAACGCGACGUCCGCUGUCUUGCAGGAGGCGCAUGAGAAGUAUUCGCAGGACGGCGGCAUUCAGGCCCAGCCCUUGCAGCGAGAGAAACCGCUGAACUUCCGCAUCUACGCACUCUUCACCUUGGCAGGAGCCUUGGCGUGCACGAUGACCCACGUGGCGCUGGUGCCCCUAGACGUGGUGAAGACGCUUCAGCAGACGGAGCCUAGUCGCUUCAGCAAUCUGGGCCUACUGGCGGCCGGCCAUCGGCUGGUGAAGGAGAAUGGUGUGUCGGGUCUGUUUCUGGGCUUCUGGCCCACCAUGGCAGGCUAUACCUGGUACGGCGCUUCUGUCUUCCCGGGCUAUGAGCUCUUUAAGCGGAAGCUCAUGGAGGUGGUUGGCCCUAGGAAGGCAGUUAGCCUCCGGGUCCCGACGAUCCUCCUUGCUGGAGCGAUGGCGACCUUCUUCGCAUGCAUAGGUGUUUGCCCAGCAGAGGCCAUUCGCAUCCGAACUGUUGCUGAACGAGGAUUCCGCCCGGAGUUUCUCAGCUCCUUUCACCACCUCUUCGCAGGGUUCCCACCACUGCUCUUGCGACAGGUUUUCUUUGGGAUGGCCAAGUUCCUGGUCUUUGACACCGUGGCGGCGAUGGUCUAUCGCCAGUUUCCGUGGAUGGCGAACAGGAAGCGGAGUUCAUCGUUUGUGUCCAUGUUCUCCGGAGCAUUGGCAGGCAUCAUCUCCACCUUCGUGAGCCAGCCAGCAGACGCCAUCCUCACCUGCCUGUCGACAACGCCUCAGCUAGGCAUAGCAGGAGCAGCGGCAGCCUUGUGGCGAGACGGACAGUUUGGUGCCUUCUACGCGGGCUUCUCCACCAGGGCGGCAUGGGCAGCCGCCAUCAUAGGGGGGCAGUUUCUCCUCUAUGACGUGGCGAAGAGGAUUUUCCAGGUGACUCAUGGCGACCUCUCACAGACCGCCGACGGGCUUUCGACCGCUCUACGCAGCGAGAAGGUCUUCCAGCCAGCUGCGGCCAAUCUUGCAGGCCGUGACAUAGCGGUGCAAUGCGGGGUGCAUAGUUCCAGGCACGGCCAGGAUGUGGAUGAUGUGGCGCUUGCCUGCGCCUGGGGCCACUGUGACCCUCGGUUUUCUCUGCUUUUGCAGACCUUUUCGCCCGGCUCGGUGCAAGGCUAUCUGCACCUGGCCCGCUUCCUCUUUUGUCGGUUCAACUGGCACGGCAGUGGGUCGAAGAUCUCAGCAAAUGGUUACGAGCAGGGCUCGGCCGCUCGGCUGCAAGCCCAGCUUUUAGAGCGCAAGGGGCUUCGAGGUGACCUCCAAGUAGACGUAGAUGAACGCUUUGUCGCUGUCGCCCCUGAAUCGCAGCUCAUCUGCGACAUCCUCACAGACAAAGGCUUCCGAAGCUUCCUGUUUGACCGAGGAAUCCACCAGGUGCGGGUCGGAGAGCUCCCACCCCUGCAGCCUGGCCCAGGACCGCCAGGAAACGACAGCAUCUCCGAGGCACGAUCAGAUGGCUCCAGAAUGAAGCUUUUCGGCCUGUCGUGCCGACUGGCACCAGAUCCCUGCGCCUCUUGGAAGACAGUCAGUGUGGAGUUGAGGAAGACAGCCAUGGCUUCCCUGGAAAGUCAGCUUUCGCUUUUGGAGUCAUUGAGCUCGACGUAUCCAUUUCCAGCAGAGUUUAAGCUGGAGUUUGACGACGAUCAACACAUCAACGUGAUAUCCCACUUGUGCAAAUCUCCAAAAGGCCCUUCCACGAUUGCCUUCCUUCUCCCCGGUGUCCACGGCGGCGUUGGCCCGUGCCGGCAGCCAGGAUCCAACUUCGAUUCGAGCUGUUUGUACGCCAUGCUAGCCGAAAGGCUCCUGGACACUUCCGAUGCCAUCGAUGUGUAUCGCAUCUCCUGGCAGUUCAUGCGGCCGGGACUUGAGUACGCCCUCAACUCCAUCUGUCGUGUGCUGCACUACGCACUGAAGAAGGCAAGGCACAGGGGCAGCACGUCCAUCCGCGUCGUCUUCGUUGGUCAUUCUCUAGGAGCACAAGUGGCCGUACACGCCGCGUAUGUUCUGUCUCGUCUCCAAGCAGACGGCCAUGCCUUCUUGGGGAAGGCUGGAGAGAGUAUGAGCAUGGACGUGAGAGGUCUUUGUACUUUGAACGCCCCGGUGAACAACUGGGAGGUCGCGGCGGAUGUGCAAAAGGCUCUCGUCCCUUUGAAAGCACUCCUUGUCAGUGGCGAUGCGGAUGAGGUGGUGAAGCCAAGAUCCACGAAGAAGCUUUUUAAGGCCCUGCGAUGCAAGGACAAGCGGCAUUUGGAAUUGGCCGGGGGCACUCACGAUCUGUUCCAGCACAAGGACCUCCUCACCGAGGAAGUGUCCCAGUUUAUCUUGGACAUCGCGGAGGAGCCGGCGUGA